UCACUUGCUUGCUAUGUGAACUAACCGACAUAUGAAAAUCAAUAGUAUUCAUUAAUUGAUUUAUGUUGAAUAGUCUUUCAAUUGUAUGUCAAGAAUUUUUGUAAAAUGCCACUUUUGUUUGAAUAACAGAUUUACAGAUACAUGCAAGGUGAUGAUGUGACUGUACUGUGACAGCUCUAGCUAGCAAAUAGCUUAUUCAUAUACAGCGUAGGAGGCAGUGGCUAUCAAGCUAGCAUGGUGCUUUCUAAAUGGUCUGAUCCAAGGUUUUUGAUUGCAAAAUCCACAUCCAAAACGGUUCGGACCCAAUGACUGGAAUAAACUGAUAGAAUUCUUCCUCUGCCAAGAUGUCAAAAAGAGAAAGAGAAAGGCCAUAUGCCCCUCCCCCUCCCCCAGCCCCUACAACACAAUUGCCCAACACCCCCGGCUUUGUGGGGUACAACCCCUACAGUCAUCUGGCUUACAACAACUACAGGCUGGGAGGGACAACAAGCAACAACAGUCGGGCAACGAAUUCUUCAGGAAUAAACAUUCCAAAGCCACCCAAGCCGCCAGACAAGCCGUUGAUGCCAUACAUGCGAUAUAGUCGCAAGGUUUGGGAUCAAGUAAAAGCCUCCAAUCCCGAUCUGAAACUAUGGGAAAUUGGGAAGAUAAUCGGUGGCAUGUGGAGGGACCUCACUGAUGAGGAGAAACAGGAUUACUUGAAUGAUUACGAAGCAGAGAAGAUUGAGUACAAUGAGAGCAUGAAGGCCUACCACAACUCUCCGGCCUACCUGGCUUACGUCAACGCUAAGAGCCGCGCCGAGGCCGCUCUGGAGGAGGAAAGCCGACAGCGCCAGUCUCGUCUCGACAAGGGCGAGCCGUACAUGAGUAUCCAGCCAGCAGACGACCCAGAUGAUUACGACGACGGAUUCUCCACGAAGCACUCGGCUGCCGCCCGUUUCCAGCGCAACCACCGGCUGAUCAGCGAGAUCCUGAGCGAGAGCGUGGUCCCCGACGUGCGCUCCGUCGUCACUACCGCCCGCAUGCAGGUCUUGAAACGGCAGGUCCAGUCUCUUAUGGUGCACCAGAGGAAGCUGGAGGCGGAGCUACUUCAGAUUGAAGACCGCCACCAGGACAAGAAAAGGAAAUUCAUCGAUGCCACAGAGUCUUUCAACGGCGAGCUGAAAAGGCUGUGUUGUAUGAAAGUAGAGGUGGACAUGGAGAAGAUAUCUGCAGAGGUCGCUGCGGCAGAGGAUGCAUCCCGCAGGCGCCUGUCAGAGCGGGAGAAGGAGGCGUCCACGUCCUCUAGCCUGGAGGAGGAGGAGAAACCAGUUGGCCCGUCAAAUGGCAGCAAGAGCCAACAGGUGUCUGUCAGGGACAGCAGCAACAAGGAGAGAGACGAGACGGAACCCAGCCCCAUGGAUACUGGUGAGAAGUCAAAGGCAUCGGAGGAGUCGACGGCUCGUCCUGCCAGUGAGGUUGAGGAGGGGGCGCCGUCCGAGGACAAGGAGAGUGUUCCGGAAGGGGUUAUGGAGGACGGCACCAGUGACAGUAACACAGGGUCGGAGACCACCUCUGCCGUGACGGAGGACGCCCCGCCCAGCGAGCCAGCAGCCUCAGAGGGGCCGAGCAGGGCACGCCCUACCGCCCACUGAGGAGUCGACCUCUGACCUUAGGGCCGAGAAAUGUCCAUGAUGCAUCAUUCCAUCUCUACAGUCCCACUCUGAUGAUAACACAUUGUACAUUAGUAUCUAUGUGAACAAAAGCUGUGUUUAGAUGGGUUUCUAUUUCUGAUGGGAAGUUUGAUGCAAUUGGUUGAAUCUUCAGAGCUCUGUUGGCAGGGUCAAAAUGGACCUGCUGUCAAUUUGUGAAGCGCUCCAAAUCCACAAAGCAAAACAAUUGUCCCAACUAAAGUGAAUGUCAUCUAAAUUGAGUCCCAAUUCAUACGGUGAAUUCACCGUAUUUCUAUCACAGACCGCAGUGCCAGUCGAUAGCAACCAUCCCAUCACCUGUCAAUAUAUCAAAACAUAUCUCUUGUCUUAUUCUAUGGUACUAUAUCUGGCAGACACUAUGGUACUAUAUCUGGCAGACACUAUGGUACUAUGUCUGGCAGACACUAUGGUACUAUAUCUGGCAGACACUAUGGUACUAUAUCUGGCAGACACUAUGGUACUAUGUCUGGCAGACACUAUAGUACUAUAUCUGGCAGACACUAUGGUACUAUGUCUGGCAGACACUAUGGUACUAUAUCUGGCAGACACUAUGGUACUAUAUCUGGCAGACACUAUGGUACUAUAUCUGGCAGACACUAUGGUACUAUAUCUGGCAGACACUAUGGUACUAUAUCUGGCAGACACUAUAGUACUAUAUCUGGCAGACACUAUGGUACAAUGUCUGGCAGACACCAUUAAUCUUACCGAUUGAGGCUGGUUGUAAAAACAAGUUGUUCAAUGUUUAAUUACUUGUUCUUUGGAGUAUAAUGUUAUUGUUGCUUUCAAUGUUAUUGUUGCUUUCAAUGUUAUUUUUGCAUGGUGUCGCAACUCCUCAAAUGGAAGAGUUUGCUUAGUAACGGAAGGGGGUGGGGUGACUCUCUCUCGAUAUUUUGUCAUGUUUACUCUUAAGUAUCAGUAUUAAGUGACAGUAUUGUCUCAGGAGUUAAUAGAAAUAAGUAGUUGUUUUCAUGAUUUAUUAUUAUUCUUGUGUAUUGUGAGUCCUGGGCCCAGUCCGUCCGUCCACCAACCUGUUGUAAAUGCUACGAGUCCAUCCAUGCUGUACAGUGCUCUGAACAGUCAGUGUUCUAAAGUCUGCUAGCUCUCAAUCAAAUCAAAAGCGGUAUGCUUAGAACAACCUUUCAGUGUUAUGUUGUUAUGACCAGUAGUACAACGUUCGACCCAGAACAAACUCUUAAAUGUUAAUAUGCAAUGUAAGAAGCCGCGUUAGAAGGUUUGCGUGAGCGUAAGUGGUUUUUCAUCUCGUCCUGAAGCUACUUGGAAAAGCAGAGUGAGUCAUCAACAUACUGUCUUAAAAAUCGAUUUUGUUUGCCACAUUUAUACCAAUAAACUUUUCUACCCUGACAGGAAGUUGUU